GAAAUAACAGUUUUGACAUCAUGUCAAAGACAUCAAUGUGUUGUGUUGCAGAGAUAUCUACUGAAGUUCGUAUGCUAACCAGCUAGCCCCAGCCCGUCCUGUCUCGUAACACCACUUUGUACCUCAAAAGACAAUAGUGAAAUAGUGAGUCACUGUAGCAUCCAGUCUGCCCUCAGUUCAACAGUAGCGCUCCCACUUCUUCAGUGUUAGAUUUAUUCAAGCAAAUGUUAGCACUGAAUUGAUAUUACUAUCAUACUUAGUCAAAGUCCUAGUUACUUAGUUUGCCAGUUAACAGAGCACUGAUAAUGCACAAUUGAUUCUGCACUAACGUAGCAUAAUGUAACAGACAGUCCAACUUUCUGGUGAUAUGCUGCCCCCAAUUGGUUGAAUUCGACAGGUGGCCAGUUUUUACAUAUAGCACCUCUAAAGAUGGCUCCAUUCCAUUAAGUGAGCCAGUUCCAGUGCUCUGGCAAUGCACUUGCUCACUCACUAACAUGGCUUGCUGGGACAAUUAAUGUAAUGGAGCCAUCGUUAAGGAACAUUGACAAGCUGCAACCUCUCUGUCCUUUGUGCUUAUGGAUUUCUGUUGGUCAUCCAAGAAGUGAAGCUCAACAUCUUUUAUAAACUCAGCCCAUGAGCACAGAGCUAUGAAUCCUGAGUGAGUACAGGCAUGUGUUUGUUUGUCCAUCACUCACAUGGGAUUCUACAUAUAUUGUUAAUAUGAUUCAUACAACACAUCUUACUGUCGCAUUCCAGGAUUUUCAAAAUUAGACUGAAUGCCGAAGGGGAGUGGAACUGACAGUUGGAAUAAGAUGAAAUACAGUGAACCCAGGUGUUGCAAUAAUAUGCCCUCAGGACCAUCAAUGCACCUUUUCAUUUUUGUACUCUAGACAUUAUGUGUGCAAUCAAUCAAAACAGGGCAGCACAAAUGCAGUAAAUACACUGCCAAAAUGCAUUUGUGUUGCCACACUAGUGGCGGGGCUCGAGAGAUGGUUUGUUGGCAGUUUGUUGGUUGUUUGGUCGGUCGCUCUAAAUGUUGGAUAGAUUGCCAUGAAAUUUUCUGCAGACUUUUUCUUGGUCUUCAGAUGAUGAAUCCUAAAGACCUAGUGAUCCCCAGAGUUUUCUUCUAGCACUUCCAGCAGGUUGACACACCGUCUCAACAACCAUCAUAUGGAUUGUCAUGAAAUUUGGUACAGAUGUCCAUGGUGCCCAGAGGAUGAAUCCUAAUGACUUUAGCAAAUGCCUGACUUUUCAUCUAAUGCCACCAGCAGGUCAAAGUUAUCACUUACCCAGUGAAGUAUCUUGACGCGUGCCAAGAUGGAUUGACAUACAAUUUGAUACAUUUGUUCCCCACAGGAUGAGUUGUACUUUGGUGAUCACCUGACUUUUCCUCUAGUGCCAUCCUUAGCUCAGAUAUUAAAUGUGUCCAAAACUUUGGUUUAUAACCAUUUACCUGCAAACUUUAUGACAUUCCCAUCUGCCUCAGCUGUAUUUGUUGUUUGGUGCUUGCUACCAAAUGUUAGCAUGCUGACAUGAGCAUGUAGCUCAAAGCACUGCUGUGCCUGAGUACAACCUCACAGAGAUGCUAGCAUGGCUAGGAAACUAAAUUGUUACCAGUUUUCUGACUGGCUGACUGCAUUAUUCACUGGGGGUGACAUGUUUGUUGCCUUGUUUAUAACUACUUGUAAUUUUGGUGUUCUUGGACAGAAGUAUAUUCUGUUGCCCUCACUUUGACUCUGGAUAAGAGCCACACUCAGCUAUUAUCUGAAAAGCGUAUGGUUUCUAAAAAUGACCUGCAGCAUAAUGUACAGUAUUUAUCAUUAUCAGAUAAACCGUGCUUGGCCUUAGCUUACAGACUGCUCUUUCUUUCGCUCUCUGCUUAGCGUGCUAAAAGGAAACUAUGUGGAUUUGACACAUUGAAGUGGCACGGCCAUUUUCACACUUCACAGAGCAUCACAUGUAGCAUAGCAAGGAGGGGAGAGAGGGAGCCCGGUGUGGCAGCUGAAGAAUUGAAAUGAAAGAGAGAGAGAGACAAAAGCUGGAAGGAUGAGAGGAAUGCUGGGAUUUUGGUUCAUCAGAUCUUAUUUUACUCCCACCAUCAUCACACAAACGCUGUCGCGCUCAAACUUUCACUCAUUACCAGCUUCCCUCUCCUUCCCCCCCAUUUGAAGCACCAAUCUCUCUUCCACCCACACUCUCUCUGUCUCCUGGGGUUUUUUCCUUCCUGACUUUGUUUCUGCUUCCUCUUCCUCCCCGUCCUUCCUCCUCUGUGUGUUUUUCUUGCCCAUCUUAUCUCGUCGCCGGCUGCUGGAUGGCUUUUUAGUCUUUUUCUCUCCGCACUCAGCUGUUCCUCUUGGUUUAACACAGCUGUUACAACCCUUCUCACUCACUCACUUUCAGUCUGCUUCUCUCUCUCUCUCUCUCUCUCUCUCACACACACACACACACACACACACACACACACACUCAUGCUGACAAAUGCAUCAACACAGUCUUCUUCUUUUAACUCUCUUCUCAUCUGCUAACUUCACAUUGUCUUCUCUUUCUCUCUUAUGUAAAUUUCUCUUCCUUUUUUCUGUACCUUGCGCACACACACACACACACAGAAAGAAAGUCUUGAGUCAUAUACCACUUCUCUCGAAAUUAGCAAAUCUCACACAAUCUCUCUGAUGGGUACAGCAGACACACACACACACUUUUACCCACUAAAUCUCCCCACCACAUUGGUACACACCCUCUCUCCUCUCGCUCUCUUUUCUCCCUCCCAGUUUUACACAUUCUCUCUCUCCCUCAGCUCCCUCUCUCUCUCAGUCCUCAUCUGCACCUCAGCAGAGUAACAUGUUGCCUCGUUGCAGCUACAGCGCUGAGCGGUGAGCAGAGUCUGGCUGCUUUCUAUCUGACUGACCAAACAUAAAGGGCAAACAAGAGGCAGUAACAAGAGGAAGGGAAGUGUAGUCUCAUCUCCCCUUUUCAGUGUCCGACCACCUUCUCUGAGAGGAGGAGGAGGAGGAGGAAGGAGAGGAGCAGGUGGAAGAGAAGGAGGAAGAUCAGCAUUCAUCUGUCCUGGCUCAGUUCGUCACCUCGAGCUGGAGGAGCGGCAGAGGAUGCAAGCGCUGUAAAGAGCAGGACCAUCCAUCCAGAGGCAGCUACCCAUGUGGCAGGAGGCUCUGUGGACCCGCGGACGCUAUCUGCUAGAGAAGAGCGAUGGUGGCGAGGGUGGCGAGGGGCCCGAGGGGCUGGGAGACGGCUGUCCGGGGUUCCAGAGCGAAGUCUGCGUGGAGGACGAGAAGCCCCAGGACUGGCUGUACGAGUCCUACUACAGAAUGAGCCAGCAGCAUCCGCUGAUCGUGUUCCUGCUGCUGAUCGUCAUGGGAACCUGCCUCGCACUGCUGGUGGUGUUCUUCGCUUCAGGACUGAAUACAAAGGACCACUUGACGUUCCUGAUCACGGUGUUUGCUGCACUCUUCUUGUUCCUGUCCAUCUUCAUCCUCGUCUGCAUUGAGUCCGUCUUCAAGCGGAUGCUCCGCCUCUUCUCUCUCCUUAUAUGGGCCUGCCUGGUCACCAUGGGUUACGUGUUCAUGUUCUCAGGAGGGAAACUCAGCCCCUGGGACCAGGUGUCCUUCUUCCUGUUCAUCGUGUUUGUCGUGUACACCAUGCUGCCCUUCUCCAUGAGAGCGGCCAUUAUCGCCAGUGCCAUCACCUGCUUCUCGCACACCGUCACCCUUAGCGUCUAUUUGGCCACCACCCUCACAGACCUGGAGACUUUAGUCUGGCAGAUCUUAGCCAACGUGAUCAUCUUUACCUGUGGCAACCUGGCUGGGGCGUACCACAAACAUCUGAUGGACCUGGCACUCAAACAGACCUACCAAGACACCUGCAACUGCAUCAAGUCCCCCAUCAAACUAGAGUUUGAGAAGCACCAACAGGAACGUUUACUCUUAUCCUUGCUGCCGUCUCAUAUAGCCAGGGUGAUGAAAGCCGAGAUCAUCCAGAGGCUUCAGGGACCAAACUUUGGCCGAACUGAGAGUACCAACAACUUCCAUAACCUCUACGUUCAGCGGCACACCAAUGUCAGCAUUCUGUAUGCCGACAUCGUGGGCUUCACCAGACUGGCCAGUGACUGCUCUCCAGGUGAACUUGUGCAUAUGCUGAAUGAACUCUUUGGCAAGUUUGACCAGAUUGCAAAGGAAAACGAGUGCAUGAGAAUCAAGAUCUUGGGAGAUUGUUACUACUGUGUGUCUGGUCUGCCUGAAUCGCUGCCUCACCACGCAAGGAACUGCGUGAAGAUGGGCUUGGAUAUGUGUGAGGCCAUCAAGAAGGUCCGAGAUGCCACUGGAGUUGAUAUCAACAUGCGUGUUGGCGUUCAUUCUGGGAACGUCCUGUGUGGUGUGAUUGGCCUCCAGAAAUGGCAGUAUGAUGUGUGGUCACAUGACGUAACACUAGCCAAUCAUAUGGAGGCAGGAGGGGUGCCAGGGAGGGUCCACAUCUCCUCAGUGACUCUGGAGCAUUUGAAGGGCUCAUAUAAGGUGGAACUUGGAGACGGACAGAGUCGAGACUCUUACCUGAAAGAACACAGAGUGAUCACUUACCUGGUCAUUAACCCUAAGACCGAGAGGCACAGCCCUCUGCUGAGUGUGCGCUCUCGUCCCUCUAUGGAUGGUGGGAGGGCGUCUGUCAGGAUGACCCGCUACCUGGAGUCCUGGGGCGCUGCCAAACCCUUUGCCAACCUCCACCAUCGAGAAAGCAUGACCACAGACAACGGCAAGAUCAACACUACUGAUGUUCCAAUGGGGCAGUACCACUUCCAGCGACGAGAGAGGUCCAAGUCACAGAGGAGGAGGUUUGAGGAGGAACUCAAUGAGCGGAUGAUUCGUACCAUUGAUGGCAUCAACUCACAGAAACAGUGGCUGAAGUCUGAGGACAUUCAGAGGAUCUCAUUGUUCUUUCACAACAAAGCUCUGGAGAAAGAGUACAGAUCCACAACAUUACCUGCCUUCAAGUACUAUGUCACCUGCGCCUGCCUCAUAUUCUGCUGUAUAUUCAUAGUGCAGGUCCUCGUCUUGCCCAGAACUGCUGUGCUGGGGAUCUCCUUUGGCCUGGCAUUCCUGCUGUUGGCUUUGAUCCUGCUCCUUUGCUUCGCUGGCCAUAUUCUGCAGGGAAGGAAAGGAUCCCUCUGCUCUCUUUCUUGGUUCCCCACUUCCUCCCGCAUCAUCGUCACCAAUAAUCCUUGGCUGCGAUUGGUCCUCACCAUGACGACUACAGCUCUCAUAUUGGUGAUGGCCGUCUUUAAUAUGUUCUUUGUGGAGGAUUGUGGAGGAUCCAUGGAAAAAGACUCGACAACUAUUCCACCUGUGAAUCUAACCAAUGACAGCCUGGGGGUCUGCCAGGAAGAAAACACAGGACAUAAAAUCAAGUUGUACCUGCCAUACUUUAUCUACUGCUGUAUACUGGGUCUGGUGUCGUGCUCGGUGUUCCUGAGGAUCAACUAUGAGCUGAAGAUGGUGGUGAUGCUGGUUGCCGUGGUGAUCUACAACAUCAUCAUCCUCCAGACCAGGCUGGAUGGAUUUAGCAAUGCGCCAUAUGUGAACAAAACACUGGAAAGCUCUCUCUCCAGACCAGGAGUCCUGAAAGACCUGAAGACCAUGGGCUCUGUGUCUCUCUUCAUCUUCUUCAUCACCCUGCUGGUAUUAGCCAGGCAGAAUGAAUAUUACUGUAGGUUGGACUUCCUGUGGAGGGACAAGUUCAAGAGGGAGUGCGAGGAGAUUGAAACCAUGGAGAACCUCAACCGGGUUCUGCUGGAGAAUGUUCUACCCGCCCACGUCGCCGAACACUUCCUGGGUCGCAACUGGAAGAAUGAGGACCUUUAUCAUCAGUCAUACGAGUCGGUGUGUGUGAUGUUCGCCUCCAUCCCAGACUUCAAAGAGUUUUAUACCGAGUCUGAUGUCAAUAAGGAAGGACUGGAGUGCCUCCGUCUCCUCAACGAGAUCAUAGCAGACUUUGAUGAGCUGCUCUCCAAACCCAAGUUCAGCGGAGUGGAGAAGAUAAAGACCAUCGGUAGCACCUACAUGGCUGCAACUGGACUCAAUGUGACACCGGGACCAGAGUGCGCACAGGAACAUGACAGACAGAACAUGCACAUAGGCACCAUGGUGGAGUUUGCCUUUGCUCUGGUUGGGAAGCUAGACGUCAUCAACAAACACUCCUUCAACGACUUCAGACUCAGAAUUGGUAUAAAUCACGGGCCAGUGAUUGCAGGUGUUAUUGGGGCGCAAAAACCUCAGUAUGACAUCUGGGGAAACAGUGUGAACGUGGCUAGUAGGAUGGAGACCACUGGGGUACUGGGCAAAAUACAGGUAACAGAGGAGACGAGUAGUAUCUUAUCAACACUAGGGUACAUGUGUUCAUGUCGUGGCAUCAUCAAUGUGAAGGGCAAAGGAGAGCUGAAGACCUACUUUGUUCACACAGAGAUGACCCGAUCUCUGUCACAAGGGACUGUGAUGCCUUGAGCAUUAACGCACUUACCCACCGAACAGACUUGAGAACACAAUCACACACACAAGGUGGCCGUAGAGGUGAUUCGUCAUGCUCCUUAACUAAAGCUCAUUACCAGAAGCCAGCAGUACAAUGGAUAGACAAUUGUCAAGAACCACUUUUGUCCUUAGCAACACAAUGUAGAGCAGGGCCGAGGUGCACCGCCACGGUCCUUCAACGCUGCACUUUGGAUGGUUUUUCACAUCUCAAGUGUAACAAAGACUUCGCUCCAAGGAGUCUCUUCACUGUCUAAAGGAGUGCCUGACUAAAGAGAGGUUUGCUAAAUUAGUGCAGCUCUCAAGGACCGCAGUCACCCAUCUGUACAAUAGUAGUGGUGUGGAGCUAAUCUGAGCUGCCUGCCGAGCUGUGUUUUUUUUUUUUUUUUUUUUUAUAUAUCUGCCUGGUUGGCACUGUGAGUCGGUUUGUUCCAUUUUAUUCCAAAUGGAUGUUACAAUAGUUUAUUGUCAUAUAGAGCAGUGGAUGCCAACAAAUUGCCAGUGUGAUGGGUAGUUUGCCAAAACCUGUGAAUUGUAUUUAUAGCUUUAGAGCUGUGUUCGUGUCCCACUGAAGAGUAGGUGGACUCAGGCACAGGAUUCAAGAGGAAAGUAAAGGUUUCUUUUUUAUAAUCCAUCUGGAGCCAAACCAACAGCAAUGUGUGUAAAUGUUCACUGCCAUC